AUGUCUUCGAUUCAACCCCCAUCUUCACGGGCAGUCACAGUCGCGGACACUUUCACGCUCUAUGAUCUGCGUGUCGAGGCCAUCUGUCCGCCAGGCGCCCGCAUCCUCUGUGGCGCUCAACCAGGGGACCAUUUUUUACUUGAGGGCGAGAUGCUACGACUUGGCGAAGGCACGCGCGGUUUCUCUAUCUACUCGCUAUCUGCAGUGCUCCCCUUGCUCGCCGCGAAGCAACGCCCUACUCAUCCUCACGACUGGAUGUCGACAGAUGCUGAAGUGGCGUGUCCUGACCCACACUGCGGCUCGUGUUUGAGGAUAACGAGGAUUGCGAAGAGGGAGUUCUCGCACGCUGAAGUCAGUGGAGUGCCAUUGAAAAGCAGCGAAGCGAUGGGCUACCGGGGAGAGUCAAAUUAA